CGGUCGGAACUAGCUGCCCCGAGGAGCGCGGGGCGGAGGAGAGCGAGUCAGUGGUGGAAGCGCGGGGGCUGUCGGGGCGGCAGGAAGGCGGCAGGAGCUGGGUGGUGGAAGGCGGCUGAACGGCGCGCGGCCUGUGGCGGCUGGCGCGGUCGCGGUGUCCUCUCUUCCCUCCGCCAUGGUGGUCCUGCGGAGCAGCACGGCCCGCCCGGCUAGCCCGGUGGCCCACGACACCCGCCGGCGCCGGCGGCGACGCCCCCCCUUCGACCUUCUGGACUCUAGUUCUGAAUUCAUCUCCUUAGAGCCUUCCUCGCUCAGCAGCCGCCACAUCUGGACGCGUUCCGGGGCCGCCUCGGCCGCAGCUAGCGCCGCGGGAUCCAGGAGAACCAGGGCAGCUGACGAGGCCGAAUUUUCCUCUGAAAAAAUUGAAUGUUUCAAUGGGCACUGUUUAAGAUCAAUGAGAAAAAACAUGCCACCCUGUUCGGACUCUAGCUUUGAAAAAAGCAUGGAAAUACUAAGUGAAAAUGUCAAUCGCAGGCAAUUUAGAAGGCAGUUGGCAAAGCCAAAAUCAGACCCAAAAAAAGAAGAAUACAAAGAAGUCACCAGGACACUAAGGCCCAGAGCUGAUGCAAAAGCUGCAGUUCAAGUCCACGAUGAAAACGGAGAUUUGGAGGUCCGCCGAAGCUGCAGGCUUCGACAGAGUCGUUACACCACUACCAAUGAAUCUGUUUUGUUUGACAAACUUAUAACAAAUACUGCAGAAGCAGUCUUGCAAAAAAUGGAUGACAUGGAGAAGAUGCGUAGACGGCGGAUGAUGGAAGACCUCGGAGUGUUCCACGAUGCAGAAGAAGACCUCAAUAUGUACAGCCGAGGAAAGAAAGAAAUCCAAAGAGCUGAAGAAGAAAUGGCUGAUAACCAAGAUGUAGUUUCGUCAGAAGAAAGUGAAGAGAAAGAUGAUGGUGAAGACACUCAAAAGCGUUACGACUUUCGGCAGAGGAAAACUGUUGAACGCUAUCAAGCUCCAUUGGAAAAACCAAGACAACGGAAGAUAUUUUUCUCGGGCCAGUCUUCACCUGUCAGACAGAGGUACUCAUUUAGAAGUGCUCAGGCAGGAGACUCUUGCUGCAAAAGACCUAACAGACGGAGACACGCAGUCCACAAUGAUUCCACGUCUUCUUCCUCAUCUGAUGAUGAAGAACAUUUUGAGAGGCAUAGGCAGCUCAGCCAUAACAGAGAUUUAAGAAGGUGUCUUCCACUCAAUUUUCAUAAAGAUGAGUUAAAGGCAGUUCACAAGGACCGUAUGAAAAUUGGAGCAAGUCAAGCUGAUGUUGAUCCAAUGCAAAUAGAUUGUUCAGUACGAUUUGAUGGUGUGGGUGGUCUUGCUGACCACAUUUCAGCUUUAAAAGAGAUGGUCGUUUUCCCAUUGCUUUACCCAGAAGUCUUUGAGAGAUUCAAAAUUCAACCUCCAAGAGGCUGUCUGUUUUAUGGUCCACCAGGCACUGGAAAGACACUGGUUGCUCGUGCACUUGCCAAUGAGUGUAGCCAAGGUGACAGGAGAAUAUCCUUUUUUAUGAGAAAAGGUGCUGACUGCCUUAGUAAAUGGGUGGGGGAAUCGGAACGCCAGCUUCGUUUACUAUUUGACCAGGCCUACCGCAUGCGACCUUCAAUUAUUUUCUUUGAUGAGAUAGAUGGGCUUGCUCCUGUACGCUCCAGUAAACAGGAUCAGAUUCAUAGCUCUAUUGUUUCAACACUUUUGGCACUUAUGGAUGGCUUAGACAGCAGAGGAGAGGUUGUGGUAAUUGGAGCCACCAACAGACUAGAUUCCAUAGAUCCUGCCCUACGAAGACCUGGACGCUUUGAUCGAGAGUUCCUCUUCAACUUGCCAAAUAAAGAGGCUAGAAAAGAGAUUUUCAAGAUUCACACACGUGAUUGGACUCCUAGGCUAUUGGACGUCUUUCUUGAUGAGGUAGCUGAAGAAUGUGUUGGAUACUGUGGUGCUGAUAUCAAAUCCUUGUGUGCUGAAGCUGCCCUCUGCGCUUUGCGCCGCCGCUACCCUCAGAUAUACAAAAGUAAUGCGAAACUGCAGUUAGAUACUGCUUCUAUUAAAAUAACAGCGAAGGAUUUCAUCAUGGCUAUGCAGAAGAUUGUUCCAGCUUCACAGAGGGCUGUGGCUUCACCUGGGAGAGCCCUGCCACCCAAUUUAAAACCCCUCCUUGAAAACACACUAGCAAGUAUUUUAGAAGCCUUGCAGAAGGUGUUUCCCCACGCAGAACUUGCGCUAAAGAAGGACCAACAGCAAGACAGUUCAAAUCAUAUGUUAAGUAAUAAUGCAAUUGACAGCGAUGAGGAAUCACCAUCAAUCUUUACAGAUGAGUCGACUCAUAAAGUUCCUGAUAGAGAAAAAGAAAAAUUCCUCAAUUUUAGCAGAAAUGCUUAUUACCAGCCAACAUCCUAUAGGCCACGGUUCUUACUAGUUGGAGAGCCAGGAUAUGGGCAAGCUUCUCACUUGGCACCUGCAGUAAUACAUGCCCUGGAAAAGUUUUCAGUUUAUACACUGGAGCUAUCACUGUUGUUUGCUAGCACCACAUCACCAGAAGAAACAUGUGCACAGUUGAUGCAAGAAGCUCAAAGAACAGCACCCAGUAUAAUUUAUAUCCCACAUAUUCAUUUGUGGUGGGAGGCUGUUGGAGCUACAUUGAAAGCUACGUUUACAACACUGCUGCAGAACAUUCCAACGUUUGCUCCAGUUUUGCUGCUUGCAACAUCUGAUGUGCGUCACGCAGAUCUCCCAAAAGAGAUAAAAGAAUUGUUUAUUAAUGAUGAUGAAGUUUUCAAAGUUGAGGUACCUAAUAAGCAAGCAAGAGCAACAUUUUUUGAGGACUUAAUUCUAAAUCAAGCUGCUGAACCUCCUGUGUCAAAAAAGAAUGCAGCUCGUCGGCCCCUGGAAGUACUUCCCCUAGCACCACCACCAAAGCCUCCACAGCUGACAGAGGAAGAACUAAAGCAGCUGGAGCAGGAGGAGGAGGACACACUGCGUCACCUUAGAAUAUUCCUGAGGGAUGUGACUCACAGGCUGGCUGUCGAUAGGCGUUUCAGGGCCUUUACAAAGCCUGUUGACCGAGAGGAAGUACCAGAUUAUAACACAGUUAUUGAACACCCCAUGGACCUAUCAACAGUCCUCUCCAAGAUUGACCUCCACCAGUACCUAACUGCAGCAGAUUUUCUUAAAGACAUCGACCUAAUCUGUAGCAAUGCUCUAGAGUACAACCCAGAUAGAGAUCCUGGAGAUCGUCAGAUUAGGCACCGGGCUUGUUCUUUGAGGGAUACCGCGUACGCCAUAGUGAGGGAAGAAAUGGACGAGGACUUCGAACAGUGCUGCGAAGAAAUCAAAGAGUCUCGUGAGGAAAGAGGUUGUAGCUCUUCAAAGUAUGCUCCAUCUUACUACCAUGUAAUGCCAAAGAAGAACUCUGUUCCUGGGUGUAAGAAAACUGACCCAAAGUGUAAUGAGAACACGAAGGUGCCAGCAGCACCUGUAGAUGCCAGUACACCCUGCUGUCCAGAGAUGUCAAGAAGGAAACGUAGAAAGAAUAAAGUGUCUUCCAGCAUUACAGCAAAAAGGAGGCAUUUUCAAUUCAACAAAGAAAAUAAAGUCCCAGAAGACCAAAAUGAAGUAGAAAGUGACGAAGAGUCUCCAGAAAGACAUGUUUCUAACAUCGAUCGUGUUGAAGUUGAGGCCACACAGAACUAUUCUGUGGACGAAAAUGAGAAAGUACUUCAAGAACGACAGAAAAACAGGAAUGAAAAUAAGUCUGCGACAGAAAAUGACAGAGUUCUGGUGGCUAAGCCUACUGAAAAGAAGACUCUCAUGGUUCCUGAACAUUCAGACCUGAGGCUGGAGAGUGAAAAGUUGCAUUGCCAAAUAAUAGAAAGUUCUGAAGACGGAGAUUCAAGUGAUUCGUGGGUGCACUGUGUGACUCGUGCAAGACGUUCUCAGGGAAAAGAACAACAGGAAACACGUGUUGAGAAAGCCACAGAAAAUCUUACACCACCAGUGAUUGUGGAUUACUUGGAGCUCAAACAACUACUGAAUUUAGUCACUCUGGUAUCUAGAAACUUCAAUAUAUUGCAACUGGAAAAACUGUACGCUGUUCUGAGUCAGUGCAUUUACAGACAUCGGGAAGACUAUGACAAAACCGAAUUAGUGAAGGAAAUGAAGAAAGAAACAACAUCCUUCAGUUACCUUCAGUGACGCUUCGCUGUAAUGUUUGCUGGGGGUUUUUUUUGGUCGUUGUUGAAUGCUGUCAUCUGUGCUUAAUUCAAUACUAUUGCUUUUACAUAGAGUAAACAAGUAUCUUACAGCUUAUUAAGAAAGCUCAAAUACCGUCUUAUACCUUCU